AUGACGGCCGCUUACGGCAGUAUCUCCCAAGAGGAGAGCACCAAGAGCAAUGGCGCCUUGGAUCCUACCAACAAUGACGAGACCACUCCCUUGGUUUCUACCUCCAUCAAGUCGGAAGGGGACAAUGACAUGCCGGUGGUGUCUCGCGGUAUCUUCUCCAGCUGGCUGAUUUUUGGUUGGUUAACCCCACUGUUGGAGUACGGCCACAGCAAAAAACAACUGGAUCCAUCCGACCUGAACAUGAUACCUCUCCCCCAAGACUGCUCCACGGGCCCUGUCACGGAUAUUUUUGAAGAGCAUUGGGCAGCCGAACUCAAGGAGAAGAAUCCCUCGUUAGUACGCGCGUUGUAUCGAUCCUACGGAGCCGACUUUGUGAGGGCUGGAUUCCUCAAAUUGACACAUGAUUGCUUGUCGUUUGUCGGUCCUGCCGUCCUUCACGCCAUGAUUAACUACCUACGCGACGCCAAUGCUCCCAGAAGCCGCGGAUUGACCUUGACGGCAUUGGUUGCACUCUCGCAAUUAUCCAUGUCUUUGGCCGUUCGUCACUAUUUCUUCAAAUGCUACAAAACAGGUCUUAGAGUUCGAACAGCUGUGGUGGCGGCAGUGUAUAAAAAAGCAUUGGUUUUGUCAUCGGGAGAACGACAAACCCGGACAGUUGGGGAAAUCACAAAUCUCAUGUCGAUCGAUGCCAAACGUUUGCAAGACAUAACAACCUACCUCCAUGGCGUCUGGUACAGUGUCUUUCAAAUUGUUCUGUCACUGUACUUCUUGUGGGGUCAGCUGGGUUCCAGUUGUUUGGCAGGAAUUGCUGUCAUGAUUGUUGUCAUGCCCAUUACCAAAAAUGUCGCCCAAGGGAUUGCCAGACUUCAAAAGGCUCUCAUGAAGGCUCGCGACGAGAGAGUCAAUAUCAACUCGGAAGUAUUAUCUUCCAUGAAGACAGUCAAGAUCCAAGCUUGGGAAGAGCCUUUCUUUGAGAGGAUCAUGAAGAGCCGGGUCAAUGAACUGAAGCAGCUACUUCGGUACUGGAUCUACAGCUCUGCCACGGCAAUGAUCUGGAAUGGGACCCCUCUUGCUGUUGCUCUUUCCACAUUUGGAACCUAUGUACUUACAGGACAUGAUCUGGAAGUAGCAUCGGCAUUGACGUCUCUUGCACUGUUUGAUAUCAUGAGGUUCCCCAUUUUUAUGCUUCCAAACGUAAUCAACUCCAUUGCAGAAGCCAUGGUUAGUAUCCAACGUGUUCAAUCGUUUCUACUUUGUGAAGAACAGCGCUCCAUCGGGCCGGGUGAAUUGAUAUUGGAAGACAAAGACGCCGUGGGUGUCAAGAUGGUCAAUUUGUCUGCAGCUUACGACAGCAAGAAACCAAAAAUUGACGACAAAAUGCUCAAAGUCAAUCCGGCUGCCAAAGAGUUGGCUGAUAAAGACUGGGAAGUGCAGCUCCUCAAAGCGCGUCUGGAGGCUGCCGAAAGAGAAAUCAAGGAUCUUUCCAGAAGCGCCUCGAUUGUGGAUACGGGGGGCCACGAGACGACAACAAGGGCGGAAUCUAAACCGGGAACCUAUGAUGCUGAAAAGGAACUGGACGGUGCCAAUCUACUAUGUUUGAAGAGGAUCAACUUUGAAUGCCGAAGGGGGGAAUUGAUUGCCAUCGUCGGAACGGUGGGUGGGGGAAAGUCCUCGUUUCUCAACUCCAUUCUGGGUGAAGUACGGCAAUUGACAGGAGAAACAUCCGUGGCUGGUAAGCUGUCCUUCUUUGCCCAGAGUCCUUUCAUCCUGAAUGCCACCGUCAAGGACAACAUCCUCUUUGGACACGUUGGAGAAGCGUUCGAUGCUGAUUUGUAUAACAAGGCCAUUGAGGUGUGCGCAUUGAAGCAUGAUCUAGCAAUGCUUCCGGCAGGCGACAACACAGAGAUCGGAGAGAAGGGAGUGACUCUUUCCGGUGGCCAAAAGGCUCGCGUGGCCCUAGCUCGGGCUGUUUAUCAUAAGGCCGAUAUCAGCCUGGUGGACGAUGCGCUUUCGGCAGUUGAUGCGCAUGUUGCCAAACACUUGUUCGACAAAUGCAUUGUAGAAGAACUGCUUGGCAAUCAAGAUCGGAGCGUCAUUCUAGUCACUAAUGCAAUCCAGUACUUGAAUCACGAGAAAGUUUCCCGGGUCAUCGUUCUGAAUGAUGGCCGUAUUGCCGAGCAAGGCACAUACCAAGAGCUCACCAGCAGGAAGGACUCUCUGUUUUCAAAGUUUGUUGCCGUUGUGAAGGAAACAGGAAUUGGCCCAGGCGACCUUGAUGAAGCUGGCGUUACCGUGGAGGCAGGAGAAAGUUCGCUAGACAUUGUGGAAGCAGUGAAGGAAAGGCUUUCUGCCACGCGGCGACGAUCGUCCAUCAAAGCAAACACGAACUCAGAGAAAGUCAAGCCCAACGUUCUGAUGACAGAGGAGGUUCGGAGCGUCGGGCACGUGAAGCUGGAAGUCUACUUGAACUACGCUAGAUCCGCCGGUGGGGUGUUCGUCCCGUUCCUCAUCACAGGGAUCUUUGCCGCUACCGAGUUUGUCAACGUCUUUUUGAAGUGGUGGCUCACGUACUGGUCAUCUCACGGAGAUUCUACAUCGCAGUAUUGGUUCCUUGGAAUCUACGCGCUAGGCAAUCUGGCUUCCGUCCUAUCCUCCUUCUUUUCUUUCCUCAUCAUGGUUUUCUUUGCAUUGAAAGCUUGCCGAAAGCUUUAUCAUAAGAUGCUUGACGUCGUCCUUCAAGCUCCGAUGUCGUUCUAUGACACUACUCCGAUAGGGCGAAUCAUCAACCGCUUCAGUAAAGACAUGUAUACCGUCGAUGAAGAGGUAGUGAUGACGCUGCGUUCCUACUUGUGGACCGUCAUGUCCGUCAUCAGUACGAUUACCGUCAUCUCGGGGGUUACGCCAGUCUUUACUUUCGCCUUGGUCCCUAUCCUUGCGUUCUACGUUAUGCAACAAAAGUUCUUCACGGUCACGUAUCGUGAGCUCAAGCGCCUUGACUCGAUCAACAGAAGUCCACUCUAUGCCUUGCUUGGCGAAACGAUCGACGGUGUCGCCACUAUUCGGGCUUUCGCGGCGCACGAUGCCUUGACUCAUCGCUUGAUGUCGUCGCUCGAUCUUCAGCAACACGCUUACUACUUGACACAGUCGUCGCUGUGUUGGCUCUCUGUGCGUCUGGAGAUGAUUGGGACCGCCAUCAUUGCUUUCGCCUGCCUCUGUUCUGUCCUUGAACACGACUACAUCGAUGGCGAUGAAGUACUCGCUGGUUUGUAUGGAUUGAGCAUAUCCUAUGCUUUGAGCAUCACGGGCGCUUUGAACUGGAGCGUUCGCAUGGCAUCGGAUUUUGAAGCCAACAUGGUUGCAGUCGAGCGUGUGAACGAGUACUGCAACAUUCCAAGCGAAGCGGAUCGCCACACUGACGACGACAAGACAGCAGAAGCCCAGUCCUGGCCGUCGGGAGGAGAAAUCAACUUUGUGGGAGCCAAGCUCCGUUAUCGCCCGAAUCUACCAUUAGUCUUGAAGGGGUUGGAUAUUCAUAUCCCAGCCUCCAGCAAGGUUGGCGUCGUUGGAAGAACAGGUGCCGGCAAAUCCACACUCAUGACUUCUCUUCUUCGUAUUGUCGAACUUGACGAAGGAGAGAUUGUCAUUGACGGCCUCAACAUACGCAACCUGGGGUUGGCUAUGCUUCGUAAGAAGAUUGCAGUGAUCCCGCAGGAUCCUGUCUUAUUCAGCGGCACUGUUCGCACCAAUUUGGAUCCCUUUGAACAGUACGAAGACAACCUCUUGGAAGGUGUGCUGACACGUGUGGGGCUCCUCAAGCAGAAGGAUGUCACCGGCUCGGGCAGCAAUAGCAUUUCGUCCCAAUCGUUGGGUCACCUUGAGAGUCUCGAGGAUCUGGUAUCUGAGGGCGGUAUCAACUUUAGUGUGGGUCAACGUCAGUUGCUGGUCAUUGCGCGAGCACUGCUCUGUGGAGCGUCUAUUGUCAUUCUCGACGAAGCGACAGCCGCUGUGGAUGCCGAUACCGAUGCCUUUAUCCAGAAGGUCUUGCGUACCGAGUUUGGCUCUGCCACGACCAUCACUGUGGCGCAUCGUUUGAACACUAUCAUGGACAGCGACUACAUUCUCGUCAUGGACGAUGGUCGAGCAUCGGAAUUCGGUGCGCCCAAGACUCUGCUGAGCCGUGGUGGCAUGUUCCGAGACUUGGUGGAAGCGGCUGCCUUGGACAGUGACGACUACUAG